UCGCCUCGACGCUCGUCGCCCACGAAGAAGUCGGUCGUCAAGGGGACACAUCGGCGUGAAGGGCCGCCGGCGCACGUCUGCUCGUCGCUGAGGCCGCGGGGACAUGACUCCUCACAUCUCGGCGUGAGUGAACGGACCACACGCUAGCAUGGCCUCCUUCCUCCAGAUUGCCGAUGACGAGAAAGGCCACGAGUUGGACCUUUUCUGUGUCCCCAGGCAUUAUGAGAACGAUCUGGACAGGGUCAUCAUCCCCCACGGCCUGAUCAUGGACAGGACAGAACGUCUGGCCCGUGAUAUUAUCCGUGAUAUGGGGGGACACCACAUUGUUGCUCUAUGUGUUCUCAAAGGAGGCUACAAGUUCUUUGCGGACCUGCUGGACUACAUCAAGGCACUAAACCGGAACAGCGAUGAAUCAGUCCCGUUGACGGUGGAUUUCAUUAGGCUCAAGAGCUACUAUGAUGACAAGUCCACAAACAAUGUCAAAGUCAUUGGAGGGGAUGAACUAUCCAGCCUAAAGGGAAAGAAUGUUUUGAUAGUUGAGGAUAUCGUGGAGACGGGGAGGACAAUGCAGACACUGCUUUCUCUGCUAAACGACUGCAGUCCCAAGAUGGUUAAAGUUGUAAGCCUGCUAGUGAAGAGAACCCCAAGGAGUUCAGGCUACAGGCCAGACUACAUCGGGUUUGAGGUGCCCGACGCCUUCCUGGUGGGCUAUGCUCUGGACUACAAUGAAUACUUCCGAGAUCUCAGCCACAUCUGUAUACUGAAUGAUCAAGCCAAGGAGAAGUACAAAUUAUGAGCUGAGCUCUGAAACGGGAAUGGAUGAUGAAGACUAGUACCACUGUGAUAAAGCUCCCUAGUUCUUUUAUGUUUUGAGUUUUCCUCAUUAUUCUUGUUUUUUUUUACAUGAAGAAUUCACAAAAGAACUCUUGGGUUGCAAAUUAUUUAUUUUCCCUAUGGGGGAUAUGUAAUGUACUACAUGAUAGGUAUGUUGCCCUAUUUUAGAUUUAUUUACGUGUGCGCGCGUGGAGGCUCUGACCUGUAAAUGACGGUUUUAUCUUGAGUAUUGUAAACAUAAUAUUUAUCAACGUUUUGUUCGCCGUCUUUUCAUCCCAGGAGUCUCAGGCUACUGCAUUGUAACUUUAUGUUCCAUGAACUGUCAGUCAUUAAGUAGCCUUGAACCGUCGUAUUGUUUUACCUCCUCAUACUGUGCAAUGGCUGACCUGUGAUGUAAUGAAGAAUAUUCUUGUUUCCUAAUA